AUGAGAGUGAGUCAAGUGACAUCAACUCUUUUAUCACUUUUUGCCGCGGGUGUUUUGGCUUACGAUCAAAAUUUCAAACUUAGAGCUACAAUCAAUGACGUUGAACUAUAUGUACAAAUUAACCCGGAGACUCAAUAUGCUGAGUUUAUUGCCGCUGAUAUUGAUCAAAGAUUUAGAUUCAAUGACGAAAAUGAAUUGAUUUUGAACGAUGAUCAAUCGACCUUGAUUGGUAUAACUCCAGCUGAUCUUGUUUUCAAAACUUAUCCAAUAAGUGAGGAUUUGGGGAUUGAUAACUCGUGGACACUUUCAACUAAUGAAGAAGGUGAUGAAAUCUUGGUCUAUAAUACGCCAAUUUUUGCUUGUGGCGAUGCAGCUCCAUAUACAAUUACUAUCAAUGAAGAAGUUGGUUGUGCUGCUUUUGGUGAUUUGGUCCGUUUUGAUACCGCCUUGAAUGAAGAAGCAGUUACUGAACCGGAAGAAAUUGUUGAACCUACUGAUCCAGAAGAACCAACCGACUCAGUUGAACCUACUGAUCCAGAAGAAAUUGUUGAACCUACUGAACUUACUGAGCCUACUGAGCCUACCGAGCCUACUGAUCCAGAAGAACCAACCGACCCAGUUGAACCUACUGAUCCAGAAGAACCAAUUGAACCUACUGAACCAGAAGAAAUUGUUGAACUUACUGAUCCAGAAGAAAUUGUUGAGCCUACUGAACCAGAAGAACCUACUGAGCCCACUGAGCCUACUGAUCCAGAAGAAAUUGUUGAACUUACUGAUCCAGAAGAAAUUGUUGAGCCUACUGAACCAGAAGAACCUACUGAGCCCACUGAGCCUACUGAGCCUACUGAGCCUACCGAGCCUACUGAUCCAGAAGAAAUUGUUGAACCUACUGAGCCUACUGAGCCUACUGAGCCUACUGAACUAGUUGUGCCAGCCGAGGUUUCUCUUCCUACUGAUUUUGUCAAUUCAGAAGAGUCAUUUGAAAUUGUCGCUCUUAUUUCCGGAAGUUUGGAAGCUAUCACUUCUAAUGGCACUCACAUCACUAUUACCAAUGGAGAAGCUGUACAAUUUGUCAUCGAAGAUGGUUUCUUGAAGGUUGGUGAAGAUCGAUACGUAAAAAUUGAGGAUGACGGACUUUUAUCCAUUGCUGCAUUGGCAAAUGCUACUUCGGGAUGGAGUAUGGAAGGAAAUGUACUUGAGUUUGUAACUGCUUUGAAACGUCGUUCUGUUACGAAACGUGAUGAACCUGUUCCAUUCGCAGUUUGUGAAGCUGAUGUUGGAUACGUUGUUUACGCUGGUACUGGUGCUGGUUGUGAACCAAUUGAAGUUGCUGCUCGUCAAGUUGAAGGUGAAGUUGAGCCUACUGAACCUACUGAACCUACCGAACCUACCGAACCUACUGAAGGUACUGAGCCAACUGAGCCAACUGAAGGUACCGAACCAACUGGAGGCACUGAACCAACUGCAAGUGCCGAGCCGACUGAUGUUACUGAAGCACCUGAACCAACUGAAGAGCCCACGUCUUAUACUACCAGAACAGUUGACGUGCUUGUGACUGUUACCGAGUGUGACGAAAACUCAUCUUGUACUGAAAAGGUUGAAACUUCCCAAUCACUCGAGGCUGCUAUUACUGAUGCUCCGGACAGCAUUCUUACCACAUUGACCCAAGAAACUACUGUUACUAUCACUUCAUGUGAAGAUGAUAAAUGUGCCGAAGCCGUUACUGUUCAAAAGACUGUCAUAACUACCUACUGCCUUGAAUCAUAUGUAACUGAAACCGUUGUUAUCCCAUGUACCACCGACGUUACUUAUACUGUUGAGGAAUGUUCUACUGAUGACAAAUGUGAUGUUUAUACUACCGAAAUACAUACAACCAGUUACACUACUGUCACCUUGACUACUUAUUUGGUUCUCACUGAAGAAGGUCAAGCUGAAGCUACUGAAGCACCAGCUGAGGAAGAACAUGAUGAAGUAGCAUUCGAGGAAGGUGCCUUAGAGGAAGAAUCAGUGGAAGAAGCUGCCACAGAGGAAGAAGCACAAGAAGAGGCUGCUCCAGAGGAAGUCGCUCCGGAAGAAGCUAUGCCAGAAGAAGUUGUUCCAGAAGAGGCUGCUCCAGAGGAAGUCGCUCCGGAAGAAGCUAUGCCAGAAGAAGUUGUUCCAGAAGAGGCUGAACAAAGCGAAGCUCUUGCUGGUGUCGCAUCAGAGCAAGGAGCCCCAGAAGAACAACAACAAGUUGACAGUGAAGUAGCUACAGAGAUGAUUGAAGCUCUUGAAAACAGUGGUGCAACGAAUGCCUUGAACUUGAAAGCUUUGGCUGGUGUUGUUGCUAUUAUGAUUCCAAUGUUCUUGUAA